AUGGCUCCUUCACGCAAGCGCCCGGCAGCCGACGCUGCUCCCUUGCCAGCAAAGCGCCGGCUGCGGGGCAAGCAAUCUGACCCGACCUACGACGCGGGGCUCCCUGCAGCUUUCCUGGCCUGGCGCGGCGGCGUCAUCUACGAGGCCUACAAGCAGCUUGGCGGACAAAAGCGCUGGAAAACAAUGGCCUCGCAGCUGCUGAUGGCAGCGCCCAACCCAGCCGAGUACGCCAACGUAGCCGCGGCGUACAUCGAUGCGCUACUUGCUGCGGAAGGCCACGGCCCAAUUCCUGGAGGCCCUCUGCUCGUGUAUGAGUGGGCGGCCACGCUCACGGUGAACGGCUGGCGAGCAGUGACUCUGCAGCCGGCCCCGCUUCAAGCGACACACUUCUGCCGGGGCCGCAGGCAGCUGCAGCAGUGCUCGUGGUGCAGCGAGAGCUGGCUGGCGCAGGCAAUGGCAGCGCCCAACCGUAGGCGGACGUUGACAAGGGGCUUGACUUUCUUUUGGCGCAACAACACCGGCAUCUUUCGGGCCGCUCGCUCGCGGCUGCCGGAGAGCGUGCGGACAUGGUUCCCGCUCCGCGCCCUGGGGCUGCCGCCUGCCUUCCACACUGCGGAGGCUGCCGCUGCUGCCACUUCGACCCCUCAAGGUCGCGGCCGCUGCGUGGCCAGCCUCAAGAAACGCGCUGCGGUGGACCCUGCGGCCGCCCGGGAGGCCCUGCUGGCGAUCCCCGUGGUGCACAGGGCAGAGAUCAAAGCUAAGAUGAUUGCGGAGCCGCGCCGGGCUCGUCAAGCCCGUGCACGCGCAGACGCAGCCACGGCCGAGAAGUCGGCCUGGGAUCUCCGCCGGCGCUUGCGGGCGCCGCCGGCUGUUGAGGAGGCGGAGGUGUAUCAGGCACGGGUUGCCGAG